UGUUUUUGUAGGAGUUUGUUAACUAAGCCCAAGUCGGAAAUGACCCCAGAAGAACUCCAGAAACGUGAAGAGGAAGAAUUCAACACAGGCCCCCUCUCUGUGCUCACCCAAUCUGUCAAGAACAACACGCAAGUUCUCAUUAACUGUCGCAACAACAAAAAGUUGCUUGGAAGAGUCAAGGCUUUUGACAGGCACUGCAACAUGGUUUUGGAGAAUGUAAAGGAGAUGUGGACUGAAGUUCCCAAGAGUGGAAAAGGAAAGAAGAAGUCUAAACCAGUGAAUAAGGAUCGCUAUAUCUCGAAAAUGUUUCUUCGAGGGGACUCUGUCAUUGUUGUGCUCAGAAAUCCUCUCAUCACAGGAAAAUGA